AUGUUUACAGGCAUUAUCGAAGAAAUUGGCACGGUCAUGUCCAUGCAAGAGCGUCACGAUCUCUUGCUAUGGAAUGGUGAGCGUGGUACAGGUUUUGAGCUACUUGUCCAUGUAAAAGUGGCGCUAAAAGGUGCUUAUGUCGGCUGCAGCAUUGCCAUUAACGGGACGUGUCUGACUGCCACAAGCAUUGACAAAGACUGCGUGUCCUUUGGUGUGGCACCCGAGACGCUCCGUCGCACGAAUUUGGGCACGCUCACAACUGGUGACAAGGUGAAUGUGGAACGCAGCAUGGGCGUGGAUGCACGUAAUAGCGGCCACUUUGUACAGGGUCAUGUGGAUGGUACAGGCACCAUCUUGUCUUUCAAACGAGAGCACGACUCGCUCUGGGUCAAAAUCUCUGCGACGUCCGAGAUAAUGCACGAUAUUGUGGCGAAGGGCUACAUUGCCAUUGACGGCACAAGUCUCACAGUGUGUGAGGUGGAUCGUACCAACGGCUGGUUCUCCGUCAUGCUCAUUUCGCACACGCAGAAUCACAUCAUUCUUCCGUUAAAGAAGGUCGGUGAUCACGUUAAUCUGGAGCCAGAUGUAUUGGGCAAGUACGCUGCACGCUCAAUGGGUGAAGUGCUUGAACGAGUGGAUGCACUGGAAAGUCAGCUGCAGCUUGUGAAGCGCGUGACGACAGGACUUGCCAUUGUUGCCAGUGUGUUGGGAGUAGCUCUUGUCAUUCGAAAGUGA